AUGGGUAUUGCCUAUCUCAACCAAUUUUGUCACAAGUUUAAAGCUCGCCAUGACAAGAAUCCUAUGCUACCUACCCAUUGUGAUGAAAUACGUGAAGCAGAGAUAUUUGUCUUGAAACAGACUCAACAAGAAAAUUUCUACAAGGAAAUUAACAGUUUAAAGGCAGGACGACCUUUGGCCAAGGACAGUUGUAUCGCAACACUUUCGCCAUUCUUGGAUGAAAACCAACUUUUGCGUGUUGGUGGAAGAAUAAACAAAGCUGCUGGAAAUCUCUCUUCAAAGGAAAUUAAUCCAAUUAUUCUUCCAAAGCGCAACCACAUCUCUAUCCUUUUGAUACCUCAUUUUCAUGAGCGAGUAAAGCAUCAAGGGAGGUUAUUCACAGAAGGUGCACUUCGCACAGCUGGAUUUUGGAUCCUUGGAGGCAAACGUAUGAUAUCAUCCAUUAUACAUAACUGCGUAACUUGUCGAAAACUUCGUCGCAACCUUGAAACACAGAUGAUGGCAGAUGUCCCAGAGGACAGGAUAACACCAGGCCCACCUUUCACAUCGGUUGGAGUAGAUGUAUUUGGCUCGUGGGAAGUUUCUACUCGCAGAACUAGAGGAGGAGCAGCAAACAGCAAACGAUGGGGACUGAUGUUUACAUGUCUUACAUCUAGAGCAGCUCACAUUGAAGUUAUUGAAGAGAUGUCGAGCUCUUCAUUUAUAAAUGCGCUGCGUAGAUUUCUGUCACUUCGUGGUCCUGUGAAAAUAAUACGAUCUGACUGCGGCACCAAUUUCAUUGGAGCUGCUGAGGAGAUGAAGGUGAACACCAUUAAAGUGGAAGAAGGACCAAUUCAACAGUUCCUAGACAAAUCUUGCAUCACCUGGAUUUUCAAUGUACCACAUUCCUCCCAUAUGGGUUGA